AUGGUGGAUCUAAAUGAGUCUGGUGAGGGAGCGCAAAUCAAGGCAUUGGACUUGUCUGUGGUGAAUAAAAUUGCUGCCGGAGAGAUCAUUAUUCAACCUGCCAAUGCUUUAAAAGAAUUACUUGAGAAUUCGAUUGAUGCUAAAUCCACGAUGAUUGACAUACAGGUCAAAGAUGGGGGCCUAAAGCUACUUCACAUAACGGAUAAUGGUAAGGGUAUUCAUAAGAAUGAUCUACAUCUUCUUUGUGAGCGAUUUGCAACAUCUAAGCUUUCGAAGUUUGAAGACUUGGAAAGCAUUGCAACAUAUGGGUUCAGGGGUGAAGCAUUGGCAAGUAUAUCACAUAUUUCCCGAUUAUCUGUUGUUACCAAGACAGCUACAUCUCCUUUAGCAUACAAGGCAUUUUAUUCCAAUGGAAAACUAGCAACGUCUAGUUUUAAAGCUGGCUCUGAUAAAAGCGUGGAGCCUAAGCCAAUUGCUGGGAAAGAUGGGACUCAAAUAAUUGUGGAAAAUCUAUUUUAUAAUGUGCCAUCGAGGCUCAAAGCUUUUAGGUCUAAGAAUGAUGAGUUCGCUAAGAUUCUAGAUGUCAUAGGAAGAUAUGCUGUUCAUGCGGGCGGUGUAGGGUUUAGUUGUAAGAAGUUUGGUGAAUCUCACCAAGUUCUCUCUACUAGGCCUCAGUUAAACUUGAAGGAGAGAAUAAGGGUUGUGUUUGGCACGGCUGUUGCAAACGAGCUAAUCGACGUGAUACUUGAUGGUGAUGAAAAAGAUGAAGAUGCCGAAAAAAGUUAUAAGGACGAAUAUGGUCUUAUAAAAGUUUCCGGCGCAGUGACCAACUCUAAUUUCAAUAAUAAGAAAAGAAUUCAACCAGUAUUUUUCAUUAACCAUAGGUUAGUGUCUUGUGACCCCUUGAAGAGAGCAUUAUCUUCCAUCUAUCAGUUUUUCUUACCUAAAGGGAACCAACCGUUUAUAUAUUUGAGUUUGGAAAUAAGUCCUCAAAAUCUUGAUGUUAAUGUUCAUCCAACCAAACGAGAAGUUAGAUUUUUGAAUGAAGAAGAAAUAAUAGAUAUAAUAUGUGCUAAAGUUCAUAAAGUUUUAUCAAAUAUUGACAGCUCGAGAAAGUUUAAAGCUCAAGGGGUACUUUUUGAUCAAUCUGACUCUAAAAGACUGAUUGAUGAGUCUAUAAGCUUACAAGCAACAAAGAAAUACCGUCAAGAGAAUAAAUUAGUUCGGGUGGAUGCUCUGCAAGCCAAAUUGAAUCAAUAUCUUCUGAAUCAGAGUGAAAAUAACUAUCAGAAGCAAAUGACAGAAGAAUUUACGGAAUCAAAAUGGAAGCAAGAUUAUACAUCGGAAACAGCUAAUCAAUCCGAAAAGUCAGAAAUUUCCAACGAUAACCCCAAUGGAUUUUCUAAAUCGGUAAAAUCUGUGGCCGAGAUAGAAUAUCAAGUCACCGACAAGGAAAGGGUCGUGGUUAAUUUUGGCAGUAUUUUGGAUCUCAAAGAAGAAGUAAAGUCCCAGUUACACCGACCAUUAACAAAUAUUUUCAACAACUCAGUGUAUGUAGGAAUUGUGGACGAAACUAAACGACUCUGCUGCUUUCAGUACGAUGUCAAGCUCUUCCUCUGCGAUUAUGCAGCAGUGCUUAAUGAGUUCUACUAUCAGAUGGCAUUGUCAGAGUUUAUGAACUACGGGAUCUACCAGUUGGAUGAACCUGUUCUGAUUGAAGAUAUUUUGGGUCCGAUUUACAAGCAUCAUGGUGAUUUGGUUCCAAUACAGAAUAUCAAGGAAAAAUUUAUCGAAAUGAGAGAGAUGUUUAAAGAGUAUUUUGAAAUUGGACUUGAGAUAAACGAAGAUGAUCAACUCAUACUUGUGUCUCUACCGUUGAUCAUGCGAGAUAUAAUCCCCAGCUUGAGUAAACUUCCCUUUUUCAUUUAUCGUUUAGGAAGCAGUGAAAACAUCAAUUUCCAAGAUGAAAAACUGACAUUUCAAUCAAUCCUAAAAGAAAUUGCCCUACUCUACAUUCCUGAAAGCAUUUCGUCUGAUGACGACAAUUCUGAAACCAAUGCAAAUGAACUGAAAAGCUUAAACAAUAAUAAACGAGACCAAUUGAAUAAUCAACUAGAACAUCUUGUGUUUCCCAUGAUCAAACGUCGGUUCUUAGCAACCAAAAAUCUCCUUCGUGAUGUUGUGCAGAUUGCAGACCUCCCCGGUCUAUACAAAGUUUUCGAAAGGUGUUAG